CAUCAGUCAGUAUUCCAGCACAUGGCCGUCUAGGUCAACUGGACUCGAGUUCGCGCUGCUGAGCAAAACAUUAGUCUUUUAUAUAGUCAUUAUGACGAAGCCUGAUACCAUACAGUUGUCUUCUGCAAUAUUAUUCCACAUUUAGCAUUUCUCAACACCCUGAAUAUCCUCAGCACCUCAGAUCAUAAAGUCACCAUCAGCUGUCCAUCAUGUCCAUGUUCAGCACCGGUAUCCUGGUCCUUACGUCUCCGUUACACGUCCUCCCUCUCCGCAUCGCGCCUGUCCUCACGUCUGCCGCCCAGGUGGUCGAGCGCACACUUUACGUCCAUCUCCACCCCGGCCUCAACCUGGGCACAGGUGGGCAGGUGCGGCCCGCCUACAUCCCGCCCGUGGUGGAUCUCUGUACUCUCAUCUCCUGCCUUUACAGCAACGCCGCUGACAUUUGUGCGCACCUUGACGUCAGAGUGCUGCUCAGUAAUGUCCGCGCCCAAUCUGCGGCGUUGAGCGGAAACAACGGCCCUUUUCCCACCCCACAGACGCUGUCCCACUCGCCAGAAGUAGUGCUCACAGACUUCCCCAUCCAGGAUUCAGGCCAGUCCUCGCUGGUCACCCAGUGCUUGCAGAAGUACGCGGGUCACUGCUACAUCUGCAAGCCGUGUCUCUCAUCUGUGCUUUUGUACCCGCGACUAAAAGAGGUUGAGGAAGAUGAUGAUAGAAGAGGAAGAGCUGCGCAAUUAAAACCUUUAGAGACGUUCAGUGAUGUGGUGGUUGGCGGCACUUUUGACCGUCUGCAUGGCGCCCACAAGACCCUGCUGAAUAUUUCCUGUCUGAUGGCCAACAGACGCUUUGUCAUUGGUGUGUGUGACCAGGAACUACUAAAAAAUAAGGUCUUGAAGGAGUUGAUAGAGCCGUACGAUCAGCGUGUGCAGAAGCUCCAGGACUUUCUGAACGAUGUAAAACCAUCGCUCGAGUACGAAAUCGUUCCUCUCUCCGACCCCUUCGGCCCCUCCGUAAGCGACCCUGAGCUGCAGUGCAUUGUGGUCAGCGAGGAGACGAGGAAAGGGGGUGAAGCUGUCAACAGGAAGCGUGUGGAAAAUAGAUUGGCUGAACUGGUUCUGUACGAGAUCCAGCUGUUGAAAGACGCCCAUCAUGCUGACAUCGAGGAGGAGAAGAUCAGUUCCUCCAGCCUGAGAACAAGAUUGCUGGGCACGCUGCUCAAAGCUCCAUCUGUACGAAAAUCCUGCUCACUUGUUCAUAUUCACUAGCAUCACAUAAUGCACUUCAUCUAUUGAUCAAUACAUCAUGCAUUAGUCCAAAACUGUUAUAUUUAUGCAUUUUUUUAAAACAUUA